AUGAAAUUGUAUUAUUUCAUUUUAUUAUUAAUUGUUAUUUCUAUAGCCAGUUUUUCAAACGGUCAGAUUUUGUGUUCAAGUCAAAGUGAUUGUGAUAAUCCAAAAACUUAUUGUGUAACAUUAGGCAUCUUUCCAAUAGCUACCUGUCUUCAUGCAUCUCGGGUCAAUCAUAUAUGCAGUCAUACUAUAAAUGAAAAUGGUAUAUAUAUAGGUAGUUCUCCAUGUGAUCAAGAGUCGGAAUGUAAAAUUGAUGAUAUACUUGGAUUUCAUUUAUGUAAAAAACUUACAAGCAGUAAAUAG